CGGCCUCCUUGGUUGGUUCCUGGAAAUCAUGGCUGCUCUCCUUCGUAAAGCGGUCGGUGUGAGCCGCCUUAGCCUGCCGGUGUUGUCUCAGUGGAGCAGAAGGUGCUCGGGAAUAUCGGUGGAUGACACUGUCAAUGGGCUGAAUGAUGAGCAGAAACAGCUCCGGCAGACCCUGCACAGGUUUUGCCAGGAUCACCUCAACCCCGUUGCCAAUGAGAUUGAUCAGAAGAAUAACUUUGCGGAGAUGAGGAGCUUUUGGAAGAAGCUUGGAGAACUUGGGGUUCUUGGAAUUACUGCUCCAGUUGAGUAUGGUGGAUCUGCUAUGGGCUACCUGGAGCAUGUUCUAGUAGUGGAGGAAAUAUCCCGGGCCUCAGCAGCCGUUGGGCUGAGUUAUGGGGCGCACUCCAACCUCUGUAUCAACCAGAUAGUCCGCAAUGGAAACGAGGCCCAGAAAGAGAAGUAUCUUCCCAAGCUGAUCAGUGGGGAGUACAUUGGAGCCCUGGCUAUGAGCGAGCCAAACUCCGGGUCUGACGUGGUGUCCAUGAGAUUGAAGGCAGAGAAGAAAGGUGAUUAUUACGUCCUGAAUGGCAAUAAAUUCUGGAUUACCAAUGGGCCCGAUGCUGAUGUGCUGGUGGUUUAUGCAAAGACAGACCCUUCAGCUCAACCCGCCUCUCAUGGUAUCACUGCUUUCCUGGUGGAGAAGGGGAUGCCAGGGUUCAGCACCGCACAAAAACUGGAUAAGCUGGGGAUGAGGGGCUCUAACACCUGUGAGCUUGUGUUUGAGGACUGCAAGAUUCCUGAGCAGAAUGUAUUAGGCCACUUGGGAAAAGGAGUGUAUGUGCUGAUGAGUGGUUUGGACUUGGAGAGGCUGGUCUUGUCUGGGGGCCCAUUGGGCAUCAUGCAGGCUGUGUUAGACCAUGCAAUUCCCUAUCUGCACACCAGAGAGGCCUUUGGGCAGAAAAUUGGCCAUUUCCAGCUUAUGCAAGGGAAAAUGGCCGACAUGUACACCCGCCUGGCAGCUUGUCGGCAGUAUGUUUAUAAUGUGGCAAAGGCCUGCGACCAGGGACAUUUCAAUUCAAAGGACUGUGCCGGGGUGAUCCUGUACUCAGCAGAGUGUGCCACACAGGUGGCUCUGGAUGGCAUCCAAUGUCUGGGGGGCAAUGGGUACAUCAACGAUUAUCCCAUGGGCCGCUUCCUUCGUGAUGCUAAGCUGUAUGAGAUUGGGGCAGGCACCAGUGAAGUUCGGAGAAUGCUCAUAGGCAGGGCCUUCAACGCUCUGUACAAAUAACCAGGAUCUCUCACUAUGGCCUCGUGCUGUACAGACUCAGAGUAUUCGUUCAUGGGACGCCCAGAUAUUUGUCACAGACACAUCAUAUGUUUGCGCCAUGGAUAUCUAAGAACCACGCACAGAGAAACCAAUAAAGUACAGUGCCCAGCUGGGACUUGGUGUGAUACAGGACUUGGGUUGAUAGCAAAUCUCUCUAUUAUCAUACAGACACACAGUAAUAAUGGAACAUUCUAAAUGGGAAUAAGAGACAUUGUGCUUUUGUGAUGAUGUCUCAGUUGAAAGGUAUCCUGAAGACUAACUGUAAAUGAGACGGCUCCUGAUAGUAAGGUCUCUCUUGCAACAAGCACCACAACUUUGGAGAUAUUUUGUGUUGUGUCAGAUGGUUUCUGCCCCCCCCCCCAACAUUGAAUGUACUUAUACAAUAGAAUUAUAGAAUACUUAUUCUACCAACUGAUGAUAUUGCUGUCUGACAGUGGAACAUAUCCUGUGCCUAUAGGAAGGAAACAUGAUUUUUUUGUCAAGCUGUGAUUAUCUCUAUAAUAAACUUUAUAAUAGUUUCAGAA